CGGCUACUGCAGUUGUCGCCGGCAGCAACUGAGUGUGGAGGUGCGGGAAUAUCAUCUUCCGCUAGCCUCUUACUCGGGCGGUUUCCUCAUUCCGGUUCUUCCCCGCCAUGACCACCACGACCACUUACAAGGGGAUGGACCCCAGCGGGCGAAGCAGUUCCAGGGUUCUUCGCCCACCAGGUGGUGGCUCCAAUUUCAACUUGGGCUUUGAUUUGCCAAAAGAGCAGCAAGGAACAAGAAGACACAAGAUGGCAUCCAAUAUCUUUGGGACUCCAGAAGAGAAUCCACCCUCCUGGGCCAGGUCAACAGCAGCCUUGUCAAGUGAUGUCAGUGAAAGUUCUGAAGCUCUUGGGUUGCAAAGGACCGACUCUUCUGAUGCAAACUCUGGUGACUACAUAGACCCAAAGGGCGCGGAAGGCGAGAUUCCUGAAAACACAGAGGUCGAAAUAGAAGCUGCUUCAGGCCCAAGUGAAGAGAAACCCCUGCCAGCGGCACCUGUUCCUAGCCCAGAAGCACCAGCACCUGUGCCAUCCAGGAGAAAUCCACCUGGCGGAAAGUCCAGCCUAGUUCUUGGUUAAACUUCAUCCUCCUUUGCUCCUUCUAACUACUUGGAACUCAUGUCUGUCAUCUUUGUUUUCCUUCCAUGCUUGUGAACUGCACAACUUGAGCCUGACUGUACUUCUCAAACUAUCAUUAAAGAAGCACUUUAUGUACUUCAUCAUUUUUUUAAAGAAGGUCUUUUUUCCCCUCUCUUCAACUUCUGUCUUGUCUCCCUUGGGUCUAAUGGAAGUGGCAUGUGUGAUUUCUUUUCCUCGUGGUAGAUGUAGAGCAGUGGUCUUCGCUAUGCAGCCCAUGGCUGACCGAAAGUUUUCGAAGGUAUAUAGUAGUGUGUAUCCUAAACUAGGCUGGUUGGUUCUGAGUGUGCUAGGUGGCAUUUUUGUCCUGAAACACGUAAAAACCCCUUAGUUGGCUUAGAAGGGUUGAAAGUUGGGGUUUGUACAGUUCAGAAGAUGGGCGACAAAAUGUGUGUUCUCUCCCUUUCUCUUCCCUACCCAUCUCUGCAACACAACCUGAUUGGUUAUCCAAGAUAUCAUUCAAUAACAGGUAAAUUCCUGAAGCCCUGUUGUACAUUACAGAACAGUAGCGUUGUGGUGCUAGUAAUUAACCAUGCUGCCUUCAACCAGAGGAAUCUUGGUUCAAUCAUGACAAGAUGGGUCCAGUGCCAAAUAUAGGGCUGGUGAUGUGAGCCUGCUGUUCUGUUCCCCGAGUAUCGGGCCCCACCUUAAGUAGUGACGGUGGAAUGGAUCUUACAAAAGUAAGUAUUGGGUGGAGAACAAUCUCUUAAGACACAUUCUGACUCCAGUGCUAUGCUUGAUCAUGCUGGUGCUUGACCAUGAGGUGAAAAUCUCAUCCUUCUAAAUGUGUGUUGUAUCUUGAUAAAGCUGGAUUGUUGCUUACAAAUAAAGGAUAUAGAAAUUUUGAA